CGCCUCCUUUGAAGUAAUCAAAACCCUAGCACAGCAUCGUUCUCUCUCUCAUCUCUCCCAAAAAAAUCCGGACAAAAAUUCUAGGGUUUUGGGGCAAUGGAGGCCGCAAAUUACCAAGUCGAUCUGGGGAAUCUAAUGGCCUACGAUCCAACCCACCAUUUCCAAUCCAUCCCUUCUUCAAGGGAAGAGUUGACGAAGGAGUGCUUGCAAAAGGGGACUGAGCUGGUUCAGGCCAUUGCUAAUGCUCUCUUCAGCUUGCCGUCCACUGAAGACCCAGAUGGGCCUCUCGUUCGUCUCCCUCAGCCCACUACUAAGUUGCCCAGAGAGAAGCAUUUUCCCAAGCCUAAGCCUCCAACAAAAUGGGAACAGUUUGCCAAAAUGAAAGGAAUAAAGAACCGCAAAAAGGACAAGCGUGUAUUUGAUGAUCAGACUGGUACUUGGAAGAGACGCCAUGGUUAUGAUCGUGUGAAUGAUGAUAAAGAUGUACCGAUCAUUGAAGCCAAGAUGACAGAUGAGCCGGGAGAGGACCCUUUCAGCAAAAGGAAGGAGGAAAAGAAGAAACGGGUUGAGAAGCAAGAAAAGAAUCGGUUGCAGAACCUUAAACAAGCUAUGAAAGCUGAUGCUUUACCUAGUCAUGUCCAGCUUGCUGCGACAGCUUUGCCCAUCACUGGAACUCAGAGUAAAGCACCAAAGAAAGCUAGUAAGGUAGAGCUGGAGAAUGUGGCUGGGAUGGCAGCAACAUCAACUGCUAGCGGUGGUAAAUUCGACAAGAAAUUGCCGGGAGAGCGACCUCCAAAACACUCUGGGAAAUACCGAAAGUUCCUUCCUGUUGUCGAAGGUAAAGGGAUGGGCUCCCAAGAGAAGCAACAAACUGAUAAAAUUCUCAAUAAGCUUAUGGCAAAAGCCUCGAUGGAUAUACUUGAUGUUGACAAGGCUGUGACAAUGUUCAAUGUGAAGGGAGAGAAGAAGCGCAGAAAAGAUAAAGAUCAGGAAAGAUCUUCUAAAUCAAGUAAGUUUGAGUCCAAGAAGAAGCAAAGUAAGGGCCGAGAUGCAUCUUCAUCAUCAAGCAAGUUGAAGACUAAGAAGAAACCUAUGAAGAAAUCUUCGAAGAAGAAGCAGUAGACUUUAUGUAUGAAGACGGUUUUUAAUUCUAAUUUUUGUUCUUUUUAUGGGGUGAAAGUAGAGGUGUUUUAAUAGUUGAAUCUGUUCAAGUAAUACCCUGUUUUAUGUAUUUCCCAGUUUAUCGACUUCGUCGAGAAAUCUACAAUUUUUAUGUCCUUAUUUCUUCAGUACAAUUUGUUUUCUCCAAAAAGAGAGGCCAAUUUAAGAAAGAAGUGGCCCUUGCCAUA